AUCUCAGGGCUUCCCAUGAAAACCUGGAAGGGUAUCCCUCAGCCUCCACACACCCCAUUCUCUCUCCAAAACUCAGAUUCACCAAACCUAUACGGGAAACCGCCCGCCCUCACAUCGCCUCCUCCACUUUCCAAUUCUUCAAAUUUUCCUUCGAAUUAUUUAGGGAUUGUGAUGGAAGCGAACAGCGCCUCUGAAUCGCAACAACAGAGCACUUCGAAGGAGAACAACGGCAAUAACAAUAACAAUAGCAAUAGCAAUAGCAAUGGCAAUGGCAACAAUAACAGUAAUGAGAGCGGCGCCAAGGCGGUGUUUCCGAUUCCAGUAGCGGCGCCGGUGCCGGGGCAUCAGUGGAUGACGGUGCCGUACCAGCCGGCAAUGGUGAUGCCGCACGGGAUGAUACCGGCGCCGCCGCAUUACGCGUCGCAUUAUAUGCCGUAUAACCACCCUCUCCACCACCCACCGGCGAUGCCACACCACCCUCCGCUGCAGACGCAGAGCGUUGGCAAUGGUGGGGGAUCCAAUGGAGAGAACCGCACGAUCUGGGUCGGAGACCUCCAUAGUUGGAUGGAUGAGGAUUACCUCCGCAGCUGCUUCGCUACCAUUGGAGGGAUUUCCUCAAUUAAGGUUAUUAGAAACAAGCAAACAGGAUUACCUGAGGGAUAUGGAUUUGUCGAAUUUUCAACACAUGCAUCAGCUGAGAACGUUCUGCAAACUUACACUCAUCUUGUGAUGCCGAAUACGGAUCAACUUUUCCGUUUAAACUGGGCUGCGUUUAGCAUGGGUGAAAAACGUUCCAGUAAUGGUUCUGAUCUUUCUAUUUUUGUAGGAGAUUUAGCUGCAGAUGUUACUGAUAGUUUAUUGCACGAAACUUUUGCUAAUAAAUAUCCCUCGGUUAAGGCUGCUAAAGUUGUCUUUGAUCCCAAUACUGGCCGUUCAAAAGGAUACGGUUUCGUUAGGUUUGGAGAUGAACAUGAACGAUCAAAGGCUAUGAAUGAAAUGAAUGGUCUUUAUUGUUCUAGCAGGCCUAUGCGCAUCGGUGCAGCUGCACCAAGGAAGUCUUCUGCAUAUCAACAACAAUACUCUUCACAAGGUGGAUACUCGAAUGGCACAAUGAACCACGGCUCUCAGUCUGAUGGAGAUUCUGUCAACACAACAAUUUUUGUUGGCGGACUUGACCCUAGUGUUACUGAUGAAGAUCUGAGGCAGCCUUUCUCUCAAUAUGGUGAGAUAUUAUCAGUCAAAAUACCCGUGGGAAAAGGAUGUGGCUUUGUGCAGUUUGCCAACCGAAAUGAUGCUGAGGAUGCUUUGCAGCAGUUGAGUGGCACAACAAUUGGAAAGCAAACUGUUCGUCUCUCUUGGGGACGCAAUCCCGCGAACAAACAGUCGAGGUCUGAUUAUGUGAACCAUUGGAUGGGAGCAUACUACGGGGGACCUUUCUUUGAUGGCUAUGGAUAUCCGGUGCCGGCGCCUCAUGACCCGAGCAUGUAUGCUGCUGCUGCUGCGACGCCAGUUUACGGCGCCUACCCCUUCUUCGGUACCCAUCAGCAGCAAGUAAGCUGAGGCUGAGGCUGAAGCUGAAGGCAUACUCCAACACCAACAGCAGCAUCUCUUGGAUGUGUAAAACCAAACAGACGGAUAGACAGACAGAUGGACGGCGGCGAUGAGGACGACGGUCUGCUUGUAACUGUGGAUCGUCGUUGUCAUCAUCAUCAUCAAAAACUGAAUUUUUGACAUGCAUAAAUUAAGAUAGGUAGACUUUCUCUUUCUUUCUCUCUCUCUCUAGGGUUUCAAUAUGAGACACAUGAUUUGAUUAGUAGUAUAACUCAAUGCAAUGGUGGGAGUGAGUUAACUCGGGACAACGUAUUUGAGCUUCUUGGAUGGAUUGCAAUAAAUUAACAUGCUCUGCCAUUGAUAUAUUUAUU